AUGUGCAUGGAUGAUUGUGGUGAUGACGACCGCUUGGGUGGCAGCCAAGGGGCGAACCUGGAUGGUGGUGGUGGCCCGUGGCUGGCUGGCCUCGGGGCUCGGGCGUGCGGCGAGUCGAGGUCGUUAUCGAAAAUUUUAAAGGCUCGCGCUUCCAAAUGGAGGCGCGAGGACACUUGGAUCAAGACAAUGCGAGGAAACCGCUCGCGUGGGGGUCAAGUAGUGGUAGCCGGCUCUGAAGCAGCUGGCAUGGACAGAAGUUAUGCGUUUCUAGCGCGUUCCAUCAGGCUUCUCCCGCAGGGGGUAACAGCUACAGGGCCAAAAGCCGCACAAGAGCCACAGAGUCGGAGCCACUCUGUGGCCUCUGGGGUCAGGGGAGAGGAGGAGGGGGGAGGGAUGGGGGUGGUUCUCCAAAAAGAUGAAAAUAAACUGUUGAAAAUCAAACUCGACGUUUCCGAUGCUGCCAGAUGCCGAUUGCUGUUGCACAGCAGCACAGCAGGGGGCAGGUCAGAUGGGCAGACAGGUUUACUGUGCUACACGGCCCGGGACGCUGAUGCAGACCCAGCGAGGACAAGGUUGGGCAAUCGCGCGACGGAGUACUCAGUAGCGUUGUCGAUUGGUGUCAUGACUGGCCGAAAUGCCUACCGAGACAGACCUGGUUGCCCGGCUUGUGCGGCGGUUGACGGUGAUGCACCAUCGGCAGUCAGUCCCAGCGACAGGGAGUGUAGAGAAACGCGGGGACGGUUGGUGAAAUUGUCGACGGCCGUGUCUUUGGACGGCAGCCAUCUGCGAAGCCAGCCUUGGCAUCUCGCGUCGACGGCCUUCAGAACCAAGAUUGCGUGGAAUGAAGAUGAGCAGCAAGGCACACCUGUCUCUCCCGCAACCCGCAACCUGCCCGCACCGUUGCCCCCCCCCGCCAAGCUUAGACUUUUCGACGCCUUCUCAAUGCGGACGCCGAUUCCUCGGCAGUACCUCAAUCCAAAAUCCUUUCAUUUCCUUCCCUCUACUCCCUCUGCUCCCCCGAUCUGUCCCCUUUCCUCUACCCACCGAGCUUUGCUUCUCCUCCAAAUACUCGAUCAAGCACUCAACCGCCCACCCAACGCAGACGCCCGCCGCGCGCCGCCGCCACUGCUCCUCAUCUGCCCCACGCUGCAGAGUUGUGGCCUCGCCGCUUGGCCGCCUCGCUCUGACCACCAUCAUCACCCCAUCCUUUUAGCUUCCCAAGCUUGGUUGCUUGGCUACCUCACCAUCACUGCCUCGCUACACAUCUCGCGCACUAGCCAAAGUCAGCCCCAAAACCCCGUCGCCAGCACCCUACUACGCGACCCUGGCCUGCUUGCUGCGAGCCCGUCCUGGGCCAUUAUUGCCGCUGACGCAAACAUCCUCCUCCAGCUCCCCGACCUCGACAGUUGCCCUUCCCGUUCCGCGACGACUUCUUUUUUCCCCGCUCACUGCCUUGCUUCCUGCUUUCCUUGGCCGUGUCGACACCCGUUCUGCGAACCCGCCGCGCUGCUAUCGACUUCUGUCUGCCGUGCUGCUCCCCAGCCAAGCCGCGACCUUCGCGCUCGGUGUCCCGCCCAGAUCGGCGCGCAUAUUCCUGUCGAGAUCUCACCCGCCGAUUGUAUCCCGUCCACGAGAGCGCCUUUUCUCCGCGACCUUCGAUUCACAUUGCAUCCUUCGAAACAAGGACUCGGCGAAGCAUGCGUGACCUGGCACCGCCAUACUCUCCGUUGCACUAGCUUCCCCGGCCUAUACAUUGUAGCUGCCCACGGUGCCACCAGCAUCUGUCAACGCCUUGACUGCCCACGACUCUAUUCUUGUCCAAGCAGACGGCCCGCACGCGCCACUCGCAGGAACCCGGUCUCAAGCCCUUUGUCGCAUCACACUCCACCAGUCACCAUGCGACGAAAUCGCUCGUCCGGUUCGUCCUCGCCUUUUCGAGCCUUGGCUCACCACCACCCUCCUAUCGCACUAGGAGACUCCGUCUCCCUCAUCCGCUCGUUCAAUGUCGAAACAAACCCGGCCCGGCCGGCUCGUCCCUCACCCCUCACAGCGUCUACCAUUCGCGACAUGCCUCUCGACUUGGUGGACCGCCUACGCUCCUUUCCGCUCUUCCAAUCCGCACCUGAAGACUUCCUCGUCGAAAUUGGCAAUCACUUGAAACCUCAGGUCCAAGCUGCAAACGACCAUGUCGUUACCGAGGGAGACGACGCAAAGGCCAUGUACUGGCUCGUCCGCGGAGUUGUUGCUGUCACCUCUCGCGAUGGCGAAGCAGUCUACGCCGAACUCAAAUCUGGCGCCUUCUUCGGCGAGAUUGGCGUCUUGAUGGACAUGCCUAGAACAGCCACCAUUGUUGCGAGAACAAAGUGUCUGCUCUUUAUUUUGAAGAAGGAGGACCUACAAAUGAUCAUGCCCAAGUUCCCGCAGAUGGAGCAGGCUAUCCGUGAAGAAGCGCAGGAACGUCUAACUCUCUUGAAGAAGAAGCGACAAGAGGGCAACUCGUUGUUGAAAUCGCCCUCCGGCGAGAUCGGAGCACGCACCGCAGCCCCAGGCGAAGUCUCGCGUGGCGACACUGGAACCCUCAAAGACGGUGCCAUUUUCAACUCCAAGAAGCGCAAAUCUCCCAGUCCGGGUAUUAUCGAAGACCCGGCGGUAGGGAGCGCCAUUGGUAGCGGAUACGUCAAUAUUCGACAUACUCUCCGCGAAUUACCGCUCUUCUCCAACCUCCCUCCCGAGAUCCUCCAUUUUCUCGGCCUCAGCGCCCAGCCCAAAAUGUACCCGCCCUUCAAGGACAUUGUUGAGCAGGGAACGUCUGGGAGCGAAAUCUUCUUCAUUGUUCAAGGAGAAGCCGAAGUCAUUCACCACUCUGCCAAAGGCGCAUCAGUCAAGGGCAUGCGAAUCCCUCAGAGACCUAGACUCAAGGCAGGCCAAUACUUUGGUGAAGUAUCCAGCCUGGGCCUCUCGCGAGAAAGGACCGCAACUGUGCGCUCCAUUACUACCGUGGAGUGCUUGAUGAUUCCAGGUGAUACACUCGAUGAACUUUGGCGCCGAUGCCCGGCAGACAUCAGGGCGCAGGUCGAAGAAACUGCCCGAACAAGAAUGAACCAAAAGGAAGACGAUAUCGAAAUGACUGACGCCGGCGGCAAGCCUCGCUCAGCGUACUCUGACCCUCCCACGCCGUCCACCACCCCUUCACAGCCACAACCGCCACACCUCACACUAACGAACCCAUCGAAGCCAGUCUCACCAAGCAAGGACGAUUCAGAUCGAAUGGAGCCUAAGGACCCUGACCCUUUCCUGAGCGUCAACAUGGAAAACCUGCGCAACAGAAGGAGACAUUCUCUGGCACCACCAGUCCCCACUGUCGAUCACUCAAGCAGACUGAACGGCGGCUUACCUUCGCCAGAUGGCACAACGCUCAAGUUUGCAUUUUCACAGACCUCGCUUGACUCUGACGUGCCUGCCAAGCGCGCCAGAAGGAGCUCCCGCCCGACACCCGGAUCAACGGGCCCGGUGCUCUCUGAUGCCAUCUUGGUUCGUAUAUUUGCAUACUUCGAUGUCGUGCAGCUGCUCAGACUUCGCAUCGUGAAUAGCCAUUGGCAGCGAAUCAUUACGACGCAUCAGGACGUAUGCAAAAACGUCGACUUGUCCAGUUACAAUCGGCACGUUACAGACCAGGUCCUCACGCAAGUCUUGGCGCCAUUUAUUGGCACCAGAGCGAGGAUGGUUGACCUCAACAACUGCUUUCACAUCACCGACGACGGAUUCUCGGCCCUGUGGAAGAGCUGCGGCAAGAAUGUGCGCUCUUGGAAGAUGCGAUCGGUAUGGGACGUAUCGGCCAGCCAAAUUCUAGACAUGAGUGAAAGCGCCAAAGAAUUGCAAGAGGUCGACUGGAGCAACUGCCGCAAGGUGGGCGACAACCUGCUGGGUCGUGUAGUUGGCUGGGUAGUACCGGAGCGUUCACCAUUGAUACAGAAGAAAGUGCCGACCCAUUCACAAAAGAAGACGAAAUCACGACAGCAUACCGAGCCAGCAAACGAAAACCCGCCGCCUCCAGGCACCGUGAUUGGAUGCCCCAAGCUUAAUACGCUGAACCUUUCUUACUGCAAACAUAUUACCGACCGAUCAAUGGCACAUCUUGCUGCGCACGCUUCGGAUCGGAUACGCUCCCUUUCCCUUACACGAUGCACAUCCAUUACGGAUGCGGGGUUUCAAGCUUGGGCGCAAUACAAGUUCGAAAAGCUAACACACCUAUGUCUUGCCGAUUGCACAUACCUGUCUGAUCAUGCAAUUGUCGCGCUGGUCAAUGCAGCCAAGAGCCUGACACAUCUUGAUCUCUCCUUUUGCUGCGCCUUAUCGGACACAGCCACUGAAGUGGUGGCGCUGGGGCUACCAAGGCUGCGGGAAUUGCGAUUGGCUUUUUGUGGAAGCGCGGUUAGUGACGCUAGCUUACAGACCAUUGCCCUGCAUCUACUAGAAUUGGAAGGCCUAAGUGUCCGGGGGUGUGUACGAGUCACUGGCAAAGGCGUGGAGAGCCUGGUCAGGGAAUGUGCUUGGCUGAGCUGGCUUGACGUGAGCCAAUGCCGAAACCUGGAAAAAUGGCUGCGGAGCGGCGGCCCUGUGCAACUGGCCUCGGCGUCUGAACUACAGAGCGGUUGGUCAUCCGACGAAGAGGACGAAGGUCCGAGUUUUAGCCCGCCGCGCUUUGGGCCGACGGUGAUGAGCGUCGAUGCGCUCACCAGCACAUCAAGCUUUGCACGGCGCCCAGGCCUAGGAGGAAUGUCAAGAGGAAGAAGGCACCCAGUGAAUUUCAUAGUGGAAAAAGGCCCUGUUGGACUGAGAUAG